ACACGAUUCAACUCCUUCAAAUCCAGAAACCGUUAUCAGACAUGGAUCAUACGAGAAUUAGUAAAACCGAGUUAGGUUCAAUUUCGGUUUUGUGAAAUUACCGGUUUAGAAACAAGCUCUGGUAUAGGUCGUUUUAGCUUCUGAGACUUCAUUUAGUCUCAGACUCUGCGACGCUCUUUACUAGCCGCCGGAAAACCACCAUGAACUUUGUCGUCAGACGGAUAGGCUCCAUUUUGCCGUCGAUACGUCACGGCGGCGUUUCCCAAAUCCGGCUAGCCAGAACAGAGGCAGUUCAGCCGAGACGGCGAAACAAGUUGCCUUCUCUUCCGCUCAAGAAGAAGGAAGAGAAAUCCGAGUGGUGGAUAGUCGACGGAGAGAUGCACGAGAUCGGCGAUCACGUCCCUCCUCGUGAGCGGUUCACAAUCCCCAGGGACAACAUUCCGAACAAACGCCGGAAGCAGCUCCGUGAGCAGUUCAUGCGCCGCACUCGUCUCGUCCUGAAAGAAUCGGAACAUGAGCCAUGGUGCAAAAAGUAUAUGGAACUAUAUAACGAGCUUAGAGAGAACUGGGAGAGGCUUUAUUGGGAUGAAGGAUAUUCAAAGAAAAUCGCAAGUGAUCAUGCAAAUUAUGAAUCUGCUGAAGAAGACGAUGAAGAUUUUAAUCCAUACAGGAACAGGCGGUCUUACAGCGAUCAAACAAAGGAGCAAGGGUUUAAUAGAACUACACAAGGUGAUAAUUGGGAGAAAGUCAAUCAAAUCAGGGAUAAGUUUGAGUAUGAUAGAGAAAGGAGGAUGAGAGAUAAAGCCUUUGCACCAAUGAAUGCAGCACCAGCCUCUCAAGAAUCUAGGGACUUGAAUUGGAAUGCACAAAGACGGCCUUUUGACGCUGAGAGAUUCACAAGGGAUUGAAUACGUAAACAUCACAAGAGACUGAGAGAGCAAGUAGAUGAAAUGGAGCUUGGCAUUACAUCUAAUAUAUCUAUAUAUCCAUUUGAACAUCAAUUCUUAUUACUUUGCACAAGUACUUAUCUAAACACUAGAUGAAUACCCACCCACUCGUUUUGUGUUUUUCUAGGUUGCUCCAAAAAAGUUUGGAUUUUCUUGUGAUCUGUCUUUUAUUGUCUAUCAUAUAGUCCUGUGUAAUUCAUGAAAAGGAAUGUAAAAGUAACUUGAUAUGACGUAUCACAAAAGAUGUUAUAAAUCGAAUUGGUUCAG